CCUCUUCGCUCCACAGCUAAACAGUUGCAAUGUCCUUCUACGACGAAGUCGAAAUCGAAGACAUGUCCUUCGACCCCGACACCCAAAAAUACACCUAUCCCUGUCCAUGCGGUGAUCGAUUCGAGAUCACCGUCGAGGAGUUGAGGGAGGGGGAGGAUGUUGCGCGGUGUCCGAGUUGUUCGUUGAUUUUGAGGGUGGUGUAUGAUGAGGAGGAUUUCAUGGAUGAAGACGACGAGGGAGAGACGAUGGAGGUUCCGGGGGCGAUAGUGACGGUUGUUGCGUGAUCUGCUGUGAUAUGGGUUUUUGUAUGCAUGUGGGUGGGGUUCUGGGGGUUAUCGGCGUUUUUUUUCAUUUCAUUUCAUUCGGCAUCAUCCUUGGUCAGAGCCGUGGACAGGUCAGUUUCAGUAAUAAGAAAGUUUGACGAAAGCA